ACUUCAUCUAUCCGAAGUGAAUUAGCCACAAAAAAAUAUUGAACUUAAUAUACCCUUAAUCUGGUCCAAAUUCAUCCACGCAUGAAUGUUCAUUAUUGCCUUGUUUGUCUCAAUCAAGAUAGAAAAUUAACACCCUUCUUGUGUAAUCUAUAAGUAUAAGUUACUUAUUGUUCUCAAACACAUCACAACUUGUUACUUUGAAAUUCAACCAUGGUUUCUUCUAACACCCUCUCUCUUUCUCUCAUCUUAUUCCUUUCUCUCUCUUCAUUUUUCUCUCCCACUCAAUCUCACAAAAAGGUUUCACUAGAAUUGUACUACGAAAGUUUGUGUCCUUACUGCGCCAAUUUCAUAGUCAACUACUUACCUCAAGUAUUCGAACAAGAUCUUAUCUCAAUCGUUGACCUUAAACUUGUUCCUUGGGGUAAUGCUAAACUCAGAGAUAACUCCACCAUUGUUUGCCAGCAUGGUCCAGUUGAGUGCUUGCUGGACACGGUUGAAGGGUGUGCUAUUGAUCUCUGGCCACAACCGACCAAACAUUUUCCUUUCAUCCAUUGUGUUGAGGAUUUGACCUAUCAGGGUAGGGACGACGAGUGGGAAUCUUGUUAUGAGAUACUGGGUCGGGAUUCAUCACUUGUCGAUGAAUGUUAUCGUAGUGAGCAUGGGAAAGAGUUGCAUCUAAAGCAUAAAGAUCAAACAAAUGCUCUACAGCCUCCUCACACGUACGUUCCAUGGGUAGUUGUGGAUGGCCAACCAAUCUACGAUGAUUAUAGAAACUUCGUAAGCUAUAUCUGUAAAGCUUAUCAGGGUAAUGAUGCACCUCAGAUUUGCAACCAAGCAUCACAUCUUAGUACUGUUCGAGAAGUGGAAGCUAAUUCAGUUUGCGCUAGGGAAAAAGUGGUGCCAUCAUUGGAAAAGAUAAGAUCAACCGUUGGCUCAUGGAUGAGCCAGAUGAACCUUGUUGGUGCAAUUUAGAUGUGUGUAAAUCAGAAACAUACCUGCUGUAAUUUGAACUUGUCACGAGUUAGUAGUACUUCCUCAGCUUAAUAGAACUCAAAAUAAAACUAUUUAAUGUAUCUUGUAACAUAAGUAAAUUGCAAUAAGAUUAUAAUUGUUUCAACAUA